AUGUCACGACUUAUGUUCAAGGCCCCCACUGAAGUUGUCAAGCUCUCCUAUUGGGGUUUUGCAGUCUGGUGGUUCAUCAUCCUCGGCGUUCAUGUGGUCACUUGUGUCUACACUGCGUUGUACAGCUACUCCUAUUGGGUAUUAAUGGACACUUAUCUAAACAACUACCUCGAAACUUUCGAGAUCGGCAUGCCACCACCAUAUCAUCACACCAUUGCUAUUGCCCAUGCUGUACUGUCUGUAUUGCACGCGGUAGGUAUCUUGUUGAUGCUGAGUGGAUCGAUUUGGCAGCGGUCUCUUGCUUUUACUCCAUUCUCUACUUGUGAUGCUGGCGUCAAAAGCGACGAAGUCAAGUCGGAUCGAACGAGCUCGGCCUUGCUUCAAAGCUUUACGAAAGUCUACACUAAAAUUUCAGAUCGUCACGGCUUGUUCGGAGUUAACGGGGUCCAUUUUCACGUGCUGCUCAUCGUUCGAGAAGUCAUUGAGACGGGAUUGCAAACCAUUCAGGCUUAUCGCAUGAGUGUGCUACUGCCAAGAACGCUGCUUAACCGAUUUUUCGUCAUUUUAGUUGUGACAAAUUGCUGGUCUUCUGUUCUGGUUUACUCGGCCUUUUUCAAGGGUGACGAGGCUAGCAGGCGGUUUGCGUGUAUAGUUUUGGACUGUGUGCUCGAUCUAGUAUCCUGCAUGGGUGUGGAGCUGAUCAUUGUGUUGAGCUACGCAAAACAGUAUGAUCUCCAAAUGUGGGGAUUCUCAGAUUACUUAUGGCGCAAUGACGAGUGGGCAGCACGUGUACUAAAUGAAUUUCGGAUGGUCUUCGUGGUCUCCUGGUCUGAUCUGGCAAGUCGCGCCAUCUUUUCUAUUGGAUUAAUCCUAACGACAACAAAUAUGAAGGAGCUAUUGCAACGACUACCACGUCAGAAAAACCAAAUUGCGGAGUCGUCAAACCAAUUUACAGAGUCAACUAGCUUAAGAACUAUUAAGGAGCAGAUCAAGGGUGAGAAACUAAACACAGUUUUACCCACACAGUCACAGACGCCAGCAACAAAUUUACGACAAGAAGACAAAUCUUCAAAACAAACAAAGCUUGUAAAGAGCGGCGACAGCUAUCGUGGCACUAAGCUGCGUACAUAUUGUGCGCGACUCAUGCUGCGUGCAGCUCAUCUAUUCUUUGGAGCAUGGGGGAUUUUAGUGCUAGGACUUCAUAUUCAAGCAUCAGUGCAACCAACGCUACCUCAAUGCCUAAUGCAAGUGAGGCCGUGGGCGACAUCACGCCCAUCUUGCUAUUUGGUCGAUCUUGAUUGCUAUUCUUUAGCGAUAACCGGUAAAAUGAGUGAGGUGGAGGAGAAGUGGUCAGAAUUCGAUAGCUCAACUGUCGUCCAACUGCUCAUUCGCCACUGUCCAGCACUAGAGAUGCCACCUUCCAUUGGCAAAUUCAACGCGCUCCAUGGUGUUAAAGUGUACAACUCGACUAUUGCCGACUGGGGUGAAUCGGCAGCAUUCACUAGUGCGAACCACCCGAACAUUCUGUCGAUUUACCUCGUUCGCGUCAACAUGACAGACGGUUUGUUGCCAACUGGAUUCCAAUCGAGUGAUUUUCCGCCGAAUCUUUUCGACAUUGAGUUCUGCGUUACGAACCUGCGUGCAGUACCCGAUGAUCUCGACCUCAAGUGGCCACGAAAAGCAGAGAUUUUGCUCGAGUACUGCCAGUUGACGAGCAUCCCUUCAGUACUAGUGAGGCUUGAGCCUAAAUACUUGGCUUUCACUGCCAAUCCGAUAACACAAGUUCCUGCAGAGGUUUUCGAGAUCCCAGGCCUCCGAACGCUAGGACUUGGACAACUGAAUCUCAACGAACUACCGCGUAAUGUGACGAACCCCUCUCCAUCACUGAACAUGAUUUUUCUCGAUGGAACCAAUAUUUCCAUCUUCUGGUCGUGGAUGGACGAUAUCGUCACAAUGGAGACGUGGGGCCUCUUGGUACUGUCGCUCACUCCGUACUGCGUCGACCUCGAGGCGAUUCAAAAUGGUGUAGCCAAUGCAUUCAGCACUCCUCCAUCCCCCGACUACGCUCCCAUUCUAAUGGAUCCAUCCCAAGCCAAUGUAUACCCAGUUUACUACGUUGUUUCCUGUGAUCCAAGCUGGUUGGGCACAUACUACUUUAUCGACCUCGACGACGAAAACAUGGCCAUCAGCCCUGCGCCUGCUUUAGUAAGACCGUAAACUUAGACAACAUGCUUAUAGUGGUCAUAGUUUAAGUGUUCGAAGAAGAUGCACAUCCAGCAAGC